UUUUCUAUUGUAUGCUUCUGACGUUUAGUUUUUGGAUGGACAUAUGCCAUAUUCUCUUACCUAACAUACUCCAUAAAUGAAUAGGGCAAAGUUAUGUGAUCAAAUCCCUUAUCAGAGAGAAACCAAAAUAAGAAAUUAGCAUCUACCAAAAAUGGAUUCAGCACUGAAACAGCGACAAGAACACCAAAGUGGCCACCAAAACCUUCAACAGAGUCCUGCCAUUUACAAGGAUAUUUUGGAAACUGACCCUGAACUAGAGCGCAAGUGUAUCUUACAGAGUGAUGCUCUUUAUGAGUAUAUACUUGAAACUAGUGUGUAUCCUAGGGAGCCUCAACCGUUGAAAGAGCUUCGAGAAUUGACAGCAAAUCAUCCAUGGCACGUAGUGAGCACUCCAGCUGAUGGAGGGCAAUUUUUGAACUUGCUUAUUAAGCUCAUCAAUGCCAAGAACACUAUGGAGAUUGGUGUUUACACUGGCUACUCUCUUCUUGCCACUGCUCUUGCUCUUCCUCAUGAUGGCAAGAUAAUGGCCAUGGAUAUCAAUCGUGAAAACUAUGAAUUGGGUCUGCCUGUGAUUGAAAAAGCUGGUGUUGCUCACAAGAUUGACUUCAGAGAAGGCCCUGCUCUUCCUGUUCUUGAUCAAUUGAUCCAAGAUGGAAAAUACCAUGAGACGUUUGAUUUUAUCUUCGUGGAUGCUGACAAAGACAAUUACCUCAACUACCACGAGAGGAACAUUGAACUUGUGAAGGUCGGAGGAAUCAUCGGCUACGACAACACCUUGUGGGGUGGUUCUGUGGUGGCACCUCCUGAUGCGCCCCUGCCAAAAUCUAUCAGAGCCUACUUGGAUUAUGUGUUGGAGUUCAACAAGGCCGUGGCUGCCGAUCCAAGGGUCGAAAUUUGUCAAUUCCCUGUCGGUGAUGGGUUUACUUUAUGCCGCCGCAUUAGCUGAUCAUUUUAAGAUAGGCUUUUUAUCCACUACACAGCCACUUCAUGAAUUAACGGGUCUAGGGUUAGUAACCCGCCCGAUAAUUAAAUAUGUAUUUCGAAGUUCUGUCAAAUAAUUAUUUUCACAAAAAUAAACUAAGGAUGCCAAAUUUCUAAUUUUUCAAA